AUGACAGCAACAUCGACGACAGCAGUGAAUCAGACGACGACGUCGACGAAGUCUUCAUCGUCGUCGUCUUCGGUCGUGGGUGUGAACAGUACGGUCGUUGGCUACUAUUUUUGCGAUGAGUCCAUACCCUACAGGACUACGGUGCCCGGGCGGCGAGUGACCCUUGGUCAGUUCAAGCAGCUCAUCAAUAAGAAGGGAAAUUUUAGGUACUUCUUCAAGACCGCCUGCUCGGAUUUCGACGACGGUGUCGUGCACGAGGAGGUAACUGACGACGACCAAAUCGUCCCCAUGUGGGAGAAUAAAAUACUCUGCAGGGUCAAACUCACCAAGUGA